AUGUUGAAGUCUAGGAAAAAGGAUAAGGAGGAUUCCAAAAGUUCGAAGCCUGAUAAGGAAGAUAAAAAAGAUGAGAAAAAGAAGGAAACCAAGGAAGUCAAGAAGGAGCAUACCACUGCUGUAGCUUCAAAUCCGGUGAACUCGCCUAACAUACCUCUUAUAAAAACUCAGGCAGUAGUUGAUGAAGGGAUCCCGCCAGAUGCUCCUCCACCAACUUCGUUAAAAAAACCGAUAUUAGCUACUGGUCCUGCUAUUCCUAGGAAAGAAAGAAGGCAGAGUAGUUCGAUGUUUAAUAUAUCAGCUAAUAGAGAACUGGUGAUGUUGCCAAGCAUCAAAGAAGCUGACCCUGCUGCAAAAGAAGAAUUAGUGAUUCAAAAGUUACGACAGUGUUCCGUUGUCUUUGAUUUUGUUGAUCCAUUGUCGGAUAUAAAAUAUAAAGAAGUGAAGCGAAACACUCUUAACGAAUUAACGGAGUAUGUUCACUGUGAAAAGGGUUUUCCGGAGUCUAUUUAUCCCGAAAUCGUGAGCAUGUUGAGUGCGAACUUGUUUCGAGUGCUUUCGCCUCCUUCAAACCCUACUGGGGCGGAAUUCGACCCCGACGAAGAUGAACCAGCUCUAGAAGCAGCUUGGCCUCAUUUACAGCUUGUUUAUGAAUUUUUUCUACGGUUUCUAGAAUCUCCAGAAUUCCAACCCUCAAUAGCAAAGAAGUACAUCGAUCAGAAAUUCGUUUCACAACUAAUAGAGUUAUCGGAUAGUGAAGACCCCAGAGAAAGGGACUUUUUGAAAACUACCUUGCAUCGAAUAUAUGGAAAGUUUCUUUCUCUUCGGGCUUUUAUGAGGAAGCAGUUUAACAAUAUUUUUUACACCUUCAUUUAUGAGUGCGAUAGACACAAUGGUAUUGGUGAACUAUUAGAAAUUCUUGGUAGUAUAAUUAACGGGUUUGCUGUUCCACUGAAGGAAGAGCACAAAACAUUCCUAUUAAGAGUUCUCCUUCCACUUCAUAAAUGUAAGUCCUUAUCAGUUUAUCAUCCUCAAUUGGCGUAUUGUGUGGUCCAGUUCCUGGAAAAAGAUGCAUCACUUACAGAACCAGUGGUUCAUUCACUGUUACGGUUUUGGCCAAAAGUACACAGCCCAAAAGAGGUAAUGUUUCUCAAUGAAUUAGAAGAAGUGUUAGAUGUUAUUGAACCGACGGAAUUCAGUAAAAUUAUGGUUCCUUUGUUCAGGCAGUUGGCAAAGUGUGUUUCAUCUCCACAUUUCCAGGUUGCAGAAAGAGCCUUGUAUUAUUGGAAUAACGAAUAUAUUAUGUCUCUUAUAAGCGAUAAUGACAAUGCUGCUGUUAUUCUUCCAAUAAUGUUUCCUGCUUUGUACAAGAACUCGAAAAAUCAUUGGAAUAAGACUAUUCAUGGUCUGAUCUAUAACGCCUUGAAACUUUUUAUGGAAAUAAAUCAGAGGUUGUUUGAUGAGUGUUCGCAGAAUUAUAAUCGGGAGCGAGAAGAAGAAGCUGAGAAACUGAAAAAGAAACUUGCUUUAUGGGAGGAUAUAGAACGUAAAGCACGGCUGAAUCCUAAUUAUGAUGCCGUCAAAAGUCAGUUGAAGCAUACUGUGAGUGCUCCCAUCUUUCAGCAUAUUUCUGAGGAAGAUUGUAAUGGUAUAUCAUUUGACGCCAAUCAUAUUAAGCAAAAUGCUGUUCGAUAUGAGAAAAAUAAUCAUGUUGACCAGCGUUUGAGCACCCGAAGAAGUGAUGUACCACACGAUCCCGGUACUGAAAAGGCGCUGGAUGAAUACCGCCGACCGGACAAGUAUUUAAAGUCACUUCCAACUGAAUGAGA